UGGUCGGCUGGCUGAAGAGCUCCACAGCGCCACGCCACUCCGGGAUCCUCUGGCGCAGAGAGAAAGCGCAGCUUGGCCGCCUGCGAGCAAGGAGCCGGGCUGGGAGGGUUUAUGAUGUGAUGUGAUAUGAUAAUACGGGCGGCCGGCUGCUGUUACGGGCGGACUCGGCAGUUAAAAAGCGGCCGCUGACUUCAGCCCUGCUCACUAGUGUGUGCCUGUGUCGUCGGCGGAAAGGCAAGCGCAGAAGCCCCGGAGGCUGACCGAAGCGCUCUAUCUCUGCAGUGAUUUUCCAGUCAGCCAUGAUGUCAGUAAAAACUCCUCCCCUCUCCCGCUCUGGCUCCUCGCCCUCCACCGUUGGUCUAGCGAAUCGCAGUGGGGCCUCUGCCACCCCUCCGACCUCUCUCAGCCUUCGCUCAUCAUACAAUCAGCUGCUUGGACGAGAUGUUAUCAAGGAGUCCAUGGAAACCGGAAGUUCGGCCACCUUGCCGAAGAGCCGCCAGAGGUACGCGAUGACCAGCGUGCGCAGCGCCAUGGGGAUAAGCGACAACUUGGCUUUGCUGUCUAAAAACCAACCUGUAACCAGAGGACGCGGCCUUCCCACCAAGUCCUCCUCCAGCUCCGCCCUUUACUCCUCUUCUUCCUCUUCCUCGCUGUUUAAUACAACUAACCCCAAACUGGCGAAGAAUGGCGCCAACAUGCAGAGACGAGCUGAGAGCCAGCAGUUGGAGCUCAGCAGGGCCAAUACAGAGGGAAAAAUUGACAAUGAUCUCAUCAAUAAUCCCACUUCAGACUGGCUAGAAUUUGAGAAAGAUAACUCGCAGCUUCCGCCCUUUCGAAGAAGGACCAAGAGCUUCUUGGAGUACCAUGGAAAGGGCUGGGAUCUGGACCUAAACCAGGGAAACAAAGAGGACAAGGGGGAAAAGAAGCAGCAGCCCUCCCCAGAGAAGGAACAGGCUAGUCCUGUGAAAGAAAGGGAGAGUCAGAAGGAGGAGAAGGCCAGCAGCAAGCAAACCUGCCCGGAAGAGAAGGAGGAGGUUGAGCCGGUGGCGGAGGAGGAUGAAGAAAAUGAUGAGCCCACACCGACACCAAGACAGCCAUUGCUACCUGUGGUAGUCGAAGCCCCUCUUUCCUCCACCUCCUCUUCUUCUAGCAACAGCCCAGAGUGGGUUCCAGACAACCACAACCACCUGCAGAAUCAAGUUCCAGCCCAGGUCAAAGAGGAGCUCUGCGCCCAGGUUCAGGCUAGCCCACGCAGCCCUGCAAAGCCUCCCCGAAGCACCCAGCCCCGGGUGAUCAAGGUGGAGCUACACCCCAACAACGAGAACCAGUUUCUUCAGCAGUACCCACCCUCUUCACCUAAACAGGCCAGAGCUGCAGAGAAGACCACGCCUACCAGGAAUCGGGCGCCCCCUCCUCAGCCUGAGCCAGAAACCGGCCUUCCAAAAGUGGGCUUAAGAAUGGAUCUGACUCCCGAGACUCCAUCAGAAGAUGAAGACUCCAGUUGGACCACCCUAUCUCAGGAGUCACCCUCUCCACAGACUCCAAAAGAGACAGCAGAUGUAUGGGUUGAAGGGGAGCUGCCCCCAGGCUGGCGGGAGAUCUCAGACUCAUCAGAGGUCUAUUUUUGGCACGUGCCCACCGGCACUACGCAGUACGACCGACCUGUUGCCUCAAGCAACCAACACACCGUUUCUAGCAAUGAUGCUGAGAAUGACCCACAACAGGUCACACAGGACUCGCUUAAGCCACCCAAUGAGCGCCCCAGCAGCCUGAUAUCCGACAGCUCCGUGGAGCCGGUCCCCUCGCCCUCUGGAUCCUCCCCCUCCCCUUCAUCCUCCUCCUCUACCCCUUUCAAUGACAUCACCUCUUCUGUACAAAGUCUCAACACCACCACCACCUGCACAGCCAACGAUCUGAAGGACUAUCCAGUCUAUCCUGAUCCCAGUCUUAAGGCGUUUGAAGGAGCUACUCUCCGCUAUGCUUCACUCAAGCUCAACCCUCCUGCCCAGCUAGAGACAGUGGACCUUAACAGCACAUUCUCUGAUCCGGAGGCAAUGUCAUUUCCAGUGAGAUCUCUGGGCUGGGUGGAGAUGGCCGAGCAGGAUUUGUGUGAAGGGAGGAGCAGCGUGGCUGUCCACCACUGUAUCAGACAGCUGUCCUACUGCAGGAGGGACAUACGAGACUCAGCCGGUGUCUGGGGAGAGGGCAAAGGGAUGCUUUUAGUGCUUCAGGAUCGCAUGUUAACUCUUGUUGACCCUGAUGAUCGCAGCUUGCUCCACUCUCAGCCAAUCAGCAGCAUCCGUGUCUGGGGUGUUGGCAGAGACCAUGACAGGGAUUUUGCCUAUGUGGCCAGAGACAAAAACACACGGGUGUUGAAGUGCCACGUGUUCCGAUGUGAUACCCCUGCCGCAGCCAUCGCCACAAGUCUCCACGAAAUCUGUUCCAAGAUCAUGGCUGAGAGGAAAAGUGCCAAGGCUGCAGCUGGCAGCUCCUCCCAGAACGGCUCCGACGUACCCCUGCAAGAGUUUCCCAUGCCAAAGACCGAGUUGGUGCAAAAGUUUCAUGUGCACUAUCUGGGCAUGACGUCUGUGUCUCGACCUAUAGGUAUGGAUAUCAUAAAUGGCGCCAUAGACAGCCUCGUGUCCUCUACAGGCAAAGAGGACUGGACUCCUGUUAUACUGAGCAUCGCUGAUACCACGGUGGCAGUCAUCAAAGAAAAGGAGGAGGAAGAGGAGGUACUGGUGGAGUGUCGUGUCCGUUUCCUGUCCUUCAUGGGCGUGGGACGGGAUGUUCAUUCAUUUGCCUUCAUUAUGGACACGGGAAGCCAGCAUUUCCAGUGUCACGUGUUCUGGUGUGAACCCAAUGCAGGCAGUGUAUCCGAGGCUGUCCAGGCAGCUUGUGUGCUUCGGUACCAGAAGUGCCUGGUAGCACGGCCGCCCUCCCAGCGUGCUGGCUCUUCCUCCUCACCGUCUGCAGACUCAGUGACCCGGCGGGUGACCACCAGCGUGAAACGCGGCGUCCAGUCUCUCAUAGACACUCUGAAACCCAAGAAACAGCCAUCAGAACUCCCCCAGCAAUGACCGUCACCUCUGACCACUGCACCCCUCCCCAGCCUGGAAGCCACUCACACUUUCGCCACAAUAGCACUUAAUCAGUACCAGCCAUGGUAACCAACGAUGUACAUACAGUAUAACAAACAUCAACACAGAUUAAAGGAAAGAAAAACCAUUCUUGAAAAUGCCUGACGAUUUAAAAAAAAGAAAAAAGAAAAUUCACCUGUUUUGUGUGAAAGAAUGGAAAAGCUGGUGUCAACAGUUGAACUUUGACGCUACUUUGUCCACGUGGAACAUAAUUCCUCCUGUAUGUGGAUUUCUGAGACAGAUGGAUUAUUCGAUCGCGCAUCAUACAGACAGGAUACGGGAUUACCAAGAAGAUGAAAACAAAAAUCACAUUUCUAUUUACAGACUAGUAACGGAAGCCCUCGCCAGCUUUUCUUUCCACUUCUGUCUCCUUCUGAACUCCUCAACUGGAUGAGCUGCUGUAGCAUCCCAGGACUGCGGUCACGGAUAUCUGACAGAUGAAUGAGAAAAGCACCAAGAUCCUGCAGCUGGCAGCUGCCCACCAAAUGGCAUAAAAAUGUUUCAAUCCUUUCGAUGAAUGAGAAACUUGAAGAAAACAGAAAAGGCAAAAACUUACCAUCUCCUUUAACGACGAAUGAAGUGAUUGUAAUAAUCGAGCAUAUGUAAAUGAUUGUAUGGGGGAAGAGAUCAUUUAGGGUAUAAAGCUUGUGGAUAUUAGAGUGACAUAAGAUUUUGGUGACAAAAAUAAUGAGACAGAAGCGGAGUUUGAUUUUGCAUGUUUUCUUGAUGGGGUUUGUUUUAUCUUGAUGAUUUGGGAAGACAAAAAAAAGAAAAAUAGAUGCUAUCAGCACAAGUCAUUUCCACUUGACCAUAACUGGAUUUACACACUGGCACAAAAAUAAAAUAAUAAAAAUAAUCCGGCCUUUUACCAAACAUAAUUAAAAGCUUGCUUUCUGCCCAAUUUACAAACACACAAAUAAGGAUUGUAUUUUAAUGAGUUUUAACAAAUGGGUCCAUCAGCAAAAGAAAGUUUUUAAUGUGUUUUGCAGCUAAAAAUCAGUUAAGAUUGUAGUUUUUUUCCUGCAUACAUUAUCGAAAAAGAAUGUCACAUUGCUUCUUUUCAACUUAAAUUCCUCAGGAAACUUUACCGCAUAUACCUAAAAUUUACAUAGAAGCAAGAAACUCGACUUGGCAGAUGUGAAGCGUGUUCAUGUUGCUGGACACCAAAAAAGAUCAGAUUUGUGCCAUAAGGUGAGGAGAAAUUCAGUAAAUCCAGCCAGUGUACUCCCACUCACAAACAAAUAUUCACACACAAAUAUGCACUCAUAGCAGUAAAAAAAAAAGAGAGCAAGAGUGUCAGCUGUCACUGGUGUCAAAAGUUUUUAACGGCGCUCUUUUGGCCCGGGGCCACCACCUGCACUCAGUGUGAACUCUGUGAAUGCAGUCUGAUCUAAAUGAAAACCACACUAAACAAACUAGAGAGAUGCUAUAAAUCAUUUCAUUUCUGCUCUUCACCCAUCUCCACACCAUGUAAAUGUAAGCUGUUGUGACAAUAAAUACAUUACCAAAAGAAAAGAAAAAUUAUGUCCUUUUUUAUUUUUCAGGUCAGUAGAAGUGCAGAAAUAUAGGCUUUCAUCGUGUACUGACAUUGAAACGACACGACACAACAAUAUAAAUAUAUAC